UCCUCGACACCUUUAAGAGGUCAGGUCAGGGGUUCGAAACCCGGCGUAAGCGAGCUUUUCUUACAAAGUGAGUUUUUCUCUCGCUUCCGCUCCUGGACUAGUGGAUAGCGCUAGUUCGUGUGUACAGAGGGAAGAGAGUGCUGAACUCUUCUCGCACUAAAAAUCGAAGGCAGAGUACCGCAGGAGGGGAGGGUAGAGAGAAGCUCUUCUGUGUGACCACGGGUAGGAGUAAACGGUACCAGUACUGUGAGCGCUGAUUUGAAGUGAAGACAAAAAAAAAAUCGAAGGAGCCGAUGUAUUACGUAACGGUUAAGAACAACCAGACCGUGGUGGUGGAGGGAGAGACCGGUUCGGGGAAGACCACCCAGAUCCCGCAGUUCCUCGUGGAGGCGGGCUAUGGCGCUAUUGGGGAAGGCUGCGUGGCGUGUACGCAGCCACGGCGAGUGGCGGCGAUGAGCAUCGCCAACCGUGUGUCGGACGAGAUGGACGUGCAGCUGGGGGAUAUUGUGGGGUACUCGAUUCGUUUCGAGAUCAAGAACGGACCUCGGACCAUUCUCAAUUUCAUGACGGACGGCAUGCUCCUUCGCGAGGCGAUGAACGACCCUUUCCUGGCCAAGUACAAGUGCAUCGUGCUUGACGAGGCCCACGAGAGGACGCUGGCCACGGACGAGGUGCUCAAGAACCGUCCCGACAUGCGGGUGGUGGUGAUGAGCGCAACCCUCGACGCCGAAAAGUUCCAAAAGUACUUCGACAACGCUCCCUUGCUCAAGGUUCCCGGCCGUACCUUCCCCGUGGAGAUCUUCUACACCCCUACCCCGGAGAGGGACUACGUCGAGGCUGCCGUAAGAACGGUCGUGCAGAUACACAAGUGCGAGGAUCCUGGAGACGUGCUUCUGUUCUUGACCGGUGAGGUGGAGAUUGAGGAUGCUUGCCGCGCCAUCAGGGCGGAGGUGGAGAAAUCCCAGGACCCUACCAAGGAAGGGGAGCUGGCGGUAUACCCGCUGUACUCGUCGUUGCCGCCGGCGGCCCAGCAGAAGAUAUUCCGAGAGGCGCCGGGCCCCAAGUUUCCGGGGGGGCCCGUGGGGAGAAAGGUGGUGGUGUCAACCAACGUCGCCGAGACGUCGCUGACCAUCGACGGCAUCGUUUACGUGGUGGACCCUGGGUUUUCCAAGCAGAAGGUGUACAACCCCCGCAUCCGCGUGGAGUCUCUGCUGGUCAGCCCCAUCUCGAGGGCAAGCGCUCAGCAGCGCAGCGGUCGUGCGGGUCGUACCCGUCCCGGGAAGUGCUUCCGGCUCUACACGGAACAGUCGUUCAAGGAGGAGCUGCUGGAGCAGACGUACCCGGAGAUACUCCGGUCGAAGAUGAGCAAUACGGUUGCCGAAGCCACGUUCACGGAUGGCCUCGGUGAUCCGGUACACCUUCUCCGCGUGCACCGGAUCACCGAGGCCGUCCGUGAACAUGGCUUCGGCAACCUGCUGGACGCCAUCGCCGCCGCCCCUCCCGCGCUUGGCAACCCGGAGCUGCCGGGCGCCGAUGGGGCCGCGUCUCCUCCCGACGCGGCGGCGGCUGCUGCUGAUACGAUGGCCUUCCCCUGCACCAUGGGGGCGCUCCUUUCUGAAAUGCUCGCUAUUUUCGAUUCAAGUGUGCUGACCUUGCUCAAGCUCGGGGUGGAAGAUUUGGUUCACUUCGACUUCAUGGACCCCCCGGCCCCCGAGACGCUCAUGCGAGCACUGGAACUCCUCAACUACUUAGGUGCUCUCGACGACGAGGGCUCGCUGACGGACCUCGGCAACAAAAUGAGCGAGCUCCCGCUCGACCCCCAGCUGGCCAAGGUGCUUCUGGCAUCUCCGGACUACGGCUGCUCGAACGAGGUCCUGUCGAUCGUCGCGAUGCUCUCCGUGCCACAGGUGUUCAUGAGGCCAAAGGAGGCACAGAAAGCGGCUGACGAGGCUAAGGCGGAGUUCGCGCACAUCGACGGUGACCACCUGACUCUCCUCAACGCCUACCACGCCUACAAGCAAAACGGGGGCUCCAAAGACUGGUGCUUUUCCAACUUCAUCAACUCUAGGUUGAUGGGUAGGCUAGAGCUGCGCAUGGUGUCGACCGAGUUCACAGCUCGAGACUACUACACCAACAUCAAGAAGGCCCUGACGGCUGGGAUGUUUAUGCAGGUGGCGCACUUGGAGAGAUCGGGUCACUACUUGACUGUGAAGGAUAACCAGGUCGUGUCCAUCCACCCUUCUUCUGUGCUGGACAACAAGCCGGUAUGGUGCAUGUUCGAGGAGUUCGUGCUCACGUCAAAGAACUACAUCCGCACGGUGACGGGGGUCCAGGCGGAUUGGCUCGUAGAAAUCGCGCCGCACUAUUUUGACCUCGAGAAUUUUCCCGAGUGUGAGGCCAAGCACGACCUGGAGGCCGUCUACCGGCGGAAGGAUAAGAGCCAGCAACGGCCCAAGUAAGCUGCUGCUGGUAAGGCGGA